UGUACCAAAAUCUAAGUUCCAAAAACAGUGGAACUUAUGCUUUGCUUUUUAUAAUCAUAAUUCAAGCUGCUUGUCACCUGCACAGGGAGUAUGGACAUUGUUUCAAGUAGCCUGACGGCUAUUUCCUUGUUAUUGACACCCCUUGAGACAUGUUGCUUCUAUUCAAGAAAUUUUGAAAAAAGAGUGAGGACGUUGCGCUGUGAUAUGGAAGAGCUAGUUACUAAACAAAAUGAUUUAAAAGCAGAAAUAAACAAUGGUAUAGUGAACCAAAGAAAGAAGCUAAAAAGUGAGAUACAGUUGUGGCUUAAAAACGUCGAGAAGCUUGUAACUGAAGUUCAGGGCAUUGAAACCGAAAUUGAGAGAUGUAUGAAAGGAUGUAUCCUUAAUUAUCGUUCACGUUAUAGAUUAAGUAAAAUUAUGGUGAAGAGAAUUAACGAAUUGCGUGAACUUCAUGCUAAAGGAGUAUUUUCAAAUGGCCUAUUUGUUGAUUCGCUUUCAGAUAGUGGGAGAAUCCUGCCAACAACUGGAUUAGUAGGUGAUAAAACUUUUCACAGAGUUUCAAAGGCGAUCUGGAAACUAUUGACAGAUGUGAAUACAAGUAAGAUUGGUGUUCAUGGAAUGGGGGGUGUUGGAAAAACAUCUAUUAUGAUGCAUAUAUAUAACAAGCUAAUCGAUUCUAAGAUCUUUGAUAGGGUCAUCUGGGUAAAUGUUUCAAAACCGUUUAAUGUGGAGAAAUUACAAAUAGAUGUUGCAAAUGCCACAAAUUUGGAAGUCUCGGAAAAUGAAAAUGUGGUAUGGAGAUCCACAAGGCUGCUUGAGCAUCUGCAAGGAAAAAAGUUUGUUCUCAUUUUAGAUGAUAUGUGGCAGAAGUUUUCAUUAGAAGAGGUUGGUAUCCCACAACCAAGCAUAGAUAAUGGUUGCAAGUUAGUAACUGUAACCCGUCUAAUGGAAGUUUGUCGUGGAAUGGAAACCCAAACGGAAAUUAAAGUAGAACUCUUGUCUAAGAAUGAAUCAUGGGAUUUGUUCACAAGCAAAUCGGGUCAGAUUCAGAGUGAUGAGAUUGAACCUAUAGCAAAGGCAGUGUGUGAUAACUGUGGUGGAUUGCCACUUGCAAUCAUCACGGUUGGACGAGCCAUGAGGAAAAUUCAUGACAAAAGACUAUGGAAAAAUGCACUAGAAGAAUUACAAAGCUCGAGGGCAGAAAUUGUUGGUAUGGAAGAGGAUGUGUUUGCCCGGCUGAAGUUUAGCUAUCUUCACUUGAAAGAUGAGCAUAUCCAAGCUUGUUUUCUGUAUAGUGCAGUAUACCCCGAGGGUCACAAAAUUGAGGCUGCAGAACUUAUAGAGUACUGGAUGGCAGAAGAGCUGAUUACUGAAGUGGGAGAUCGAGAAAAAGAAAUCAAUAAAGGGUACACAGUGUUAGAAAAGCUUAAAGAUGCUUGCUUGCUGGAGGAUGUUGGAUCAGAUUAUGUCAAGAUGCAUGAUUUAGUGAGGGAUAUGGCUAUCAGGAUCGCCAGGGAGGGUCCAAGGUUGGUUAAUAAAUCUGCAAUGAAAAUAAACCGAUUGGCAAGCGAAUGGAUUGAAAACGUGGAGUGGGUGUCGGUAAUGGAUAACAGCAUUAUUGCUGUACCUGAUUAUCCAAACUGCCAAAAACUGUCGACUUUGCUUCUUCAGAGGAACCCUCUGUCUGAAAAAAUCCCUGAUUCGUUCUUUGCGCAGAUGCAGUGUCUUAAAGUACUUGACCUUUCUAAAACCUGCAUCCAGUCAUUACCAGAGUCUGUUUCAGCUUUAUGUAACCUUCGUACACUUCUUUUAAGUUUCACUCAAUUGAAGGAGCUUCCUUCAUUGACCAAGUUGAAGGAACUGAGAGUCUUGGACCUGUCACAUAGCAUUUUGAGAAGGCUACCACAUGAUAUUGAAAAAUUGACCAAUUUAAGACGGUUAGAUUUAUCUUACACUGAAAAACUUAAGGCAUUUCCAUCUGGUGUUAUCCAAAAGCUUUCUUAUCUAGAGAAUUUUUCGAUGUUCAGAAGCAAAUGGAAAUGGUCAUCAAAUAGAGGAGUCGGAUUUGAUGAAAUUUCAAGCUUGUCAAAGUUAACCAGUCUUGGUCUUUCUUUUGAGGACCGAACUAGCUUCAUAGACUAUGUGAGAUCUAAGCAUUGGCAAAAUCUGCAAAGUUACCAUCUUGGUAUAGGUAUGCUAUCCAUUUUUCUGCCAAUUUCGAAAGGAACGCGUAGUAUUGAAAUUCAAGGUUAUGAUCUUGUUUAUCAAGAAACAGUGAUUGAGCUUCCAGACAACAUCCAGCAGUUGGCAUUCCACAGUUGCCAUGAUAUUACCUCUCUAUCAAAACUCACUGAUAAAACCAACAUGGAAAAUCUGGCACAAUGUUAUCUCUCAAACUGCAAUGGCAUGGAAUUCAUCACAACGACAAAUAACUGUUUUCCGAAUCUCGAGCUACUAGUCCUACGGAAACUCCCCAAGUUGAAGGCCAUAUCUAAUGGUAUAGCAGCAAGUCAGAUAUUCACAAAGCUCAAGAGUCUACAAAUCCAUAGCUGCAAUAACAUUAAAUAUUUAUUUUCAACGGGUAUGCUACAAGAAUUCCAAAACCUUGAAGAGAUUGAAAUAUGGAACUCAAAUUUGAUUGAAGAGGUGGUAGAAAACCAAACUCUGGGCAAUAUAGCUAUCUCUUCAACAGUCUCACUUCCAAAGCUGCGUCGGUUGUCUUUGUCCACAUUGCCGGAAAUGAAAUGCAUCACAAGAAAGGUUCUUAUAUGUAAUCAUCUCGAAACAGUUGACAUAUGGGACUGUCACAAGUUGAGGGCUCUUCCUUUCUCCACUAGCUACUUGCCAUUCUCUCUUAAACAUAUUAAGGGAAACAGAAGUUGGUGGGAUAGGUUGGAAUGGGAUGAUGUUAGUUGCAAGAAUUUUUUGCAACCAUAUUUUGACCAAGGUACAUAGAAUUGUAUCCACCAUUAAAACUGCAUAGGACUUGGCUAAGUUAUCUACUAUUUAUUAUUAUGUACAAUGGAUGAUAUGUAAUUAGUUCUACAUACAAAGAUCUUUGAUAUACGCGCAUAAAAUGGAUGAGGUUUUUACUAUUCAAGUUACCAUUGAAGGCGAGUCUUUUUGACUCAGAUGUACGCAGCCUAGCAAGGGUUUCCUGUAACCAUUUUUCAACCUUUUUUUGGUCACCUCCAAGAUUGUACCUAGAGGGUUUGAACAUGAAACAUAUUGUAACAGGGUCCAGGAUGAGAAUCAGUAAGUCGCCUUAGAGGUGGUUAUUGAUCUUUGAUAUACAACUGUAUGAACGAAGAAUUAGAUAUUUUGCAAGCGUGAAUAAAGAGCUUUACUUAUGAUGUUA